CGCCAAUGGUAGGCGGAGGUUGGCGUUCAAGGUGCGGAAGGAGCCAGUUCGAUAUCCGUCACCAGUUCGGGUCAUGGCCGCUGGAUUGGUAUCAGCAGAGACUUUAAACGUCUUUUACCAUUGAUUCAUCGAGGGUGAUUAAGUAAACGCAGGAACGAAAUUCGGUCAAGGUGUUCCUAGGAAGCCGCGUUGAAACUCGUCAAACUCCGUCCAGGUGCAAAGGCAAAGGGUAGAGCUUGGCAUCUGAAGAAAAAAAAAUGUUUCAGUGUAAUAAGAAGUCUGUGAUUUGUUCAUGAAUUUCUGAUUGCCAGUAGAUAAAAAAUGGUAAUAUCGUAAUCAUAAAGUGAAACAGAAAAAUAGAACUUCUUCAAAUGUAAUGCAACACAACGAAUGCCGGAGUGAAAGAAUGUUACUCAGAAUGGCUGCCUCAUGAUAGACCACAGAAUCGAAUAAUCCGUCGAUGUCAAUGCUGGCAACUCAUUCAGGAAAGGGAUGUAGGCGGUACAUCAUGGGGGGACAUUAGGAGCUCCCGCUAAAUCAUGGGGGCUGGGAGUGCCAAGGGGCUACAGCAGCCUGACGAGGAUGAAGAGGAUCGGUUUUCGUCCUCGAGCGAGCAAUGGGGCAACGACCAGUCCACUUCAGACGACAGCGGAAGGAAAGACCGGGACACGUCGCCCGAAUCCGACGUAGUGCCGAAGGCGCCACCUGCAGUAGAGAACGGCGAGAGUUCGAGGCAUGAGGAGAUGGAGGGGAAGAGGAGAGGGCUUUUCACCUUCUCCAAAAAGAAGGACGAGCACGACAAAGACAGGGUCGACGACUUCGUGGAUGAAACGAACGAGGACGACAAGAAGAAAAAAGGGGGGACGAAGAACAACAAAGACAAUGCGAAGAAGGACAAUGAGAAGAAGGGUUUCAGACUCUUCGGCUGGCGGAAGGACGACAAGAAGAACGAGAAGGACCAAGCCCUCGACGAGGACAUCAACGACCUCGAGAAGACCUUCGACUCCCUAGGGAUCGUCGGAAAGAACUCGUGGGGCGACGCUCCUGCAAACACCACGAAGGAGGCGGUGGACGACCUGGAGCUCCUGGAGCCCAUGAGGAAGAGAAAAAACGUCCGAGUGCGAGGUCCGAAGGGCAUGAACGGCGUCGUGGCGGGAGCGACCAAGGGGCAGAGCGGCAGCGGAGGGAGCGGGAACAGCGACUUGGGAUCGACCUCGUCAAGAAGGACCUUCAAGUACUCGUGGGAGACGGAGACGGACCUUCAAGCGUGA